AUGCAAGGUAUGAUAACUACUGUCACAGCUGUAAGAGAAGUAGGAGAAGAAGGAGGAGAUGUGGCAAUGAGAGCAGUACUUCUGCAGCUCAGUGACACCACUGUCUUCACCUUCAACCUGGCUUUCUUAGCAGUCACGAAGGCCGCAGCUGCACUAUGA